CUUGAUAAAAACAUUAUUGGGCAAAAAGAUGCCAAAAAGGCGGUUGCCAUCGCUUUACGUAAUCGCUGGCGUCGUCAGCAGGUGGCUGAACCCUUGCGUCAUGAAAUCACCCCUAAAAACAUCCUCAUGAUUGGGCCUACAGGCGUGGGUAAAACCGAGAUCGCAAGGCGUCUGGCUAAAAUAGCUAACGCACCAUUUUCGAAGCGACCAAAUUUACUGAGGUUGGUGCUGAUUGUUGGUGAGUCUGGUUUGGGGAAAAGCGAGUUGGGUUUAGAGUUGAUUUCACGAGGACAUGGUUUGGUCGCUGAUGAUGCCGUUGAUUUUGUUCGUUUAGGCCCUGAGUUUGUUGAAGGACGAUGCCCACCCUUAUUGCAAAACCUGCUAGAAGUGCGCGGAUUGGGUUUGCUCGAUAUUAAAACCAUUUUUGGCGAAACCGCCGUGCGACGCAAAAUGAAGUUAAAGCUGGUGGUACAAUUGGUACGACGAAAUGAUGGUACUUUCGAGCGUUUGCCACUGGAUCAACAAGCAACUGAUAUUUUAGGGUUAGCCAUUCCCAAAGUCUCGAUUCAAGUGGCUGAAGGUCGUAAUAUGGCAGUAUUGGUCGAGGCAGCGGUGCGCAACAGUAUUUUAAAGUUACGCGGUAUUGACACGCUCAAAGAUUUUAUAGACAGGCAACGUGUUUCAGGAUCAGGAAAAUCAGUCGCGAUUAAUGUCUUGGAAGACAAUAAUUUUUAUUGCGUUGAUAAUUUACCUAUUUCACUGAUCACGAGCUUGGUUGAUACCGCCAGCUUGGAAGGUGUUUUAAACAUGGCCAUUGCUAUCGAUGUGCGUAACAGUGCUGCGUUAACCGAUUUGCCCAGCAUCAUUCAAACGCUCAAAGCGCAAGGGCAUGAUGUCCGUUGUUUGUUUUUAAAUGCUGAUAGUCCGACCUUAAUUGUGCGCUAUUCAGAAACGCGACGUAAACAUCCUUUAUCUCAAUUGACCUUUAAUGAUGGCGAAGGAUUUAUAACCGCGCUGACCGAAGCGAUUGAAAAAGAGCGCGAAUUACUCGAACCGAUUGCUGAUUUUGCUCAUGUGAUCGAUACUAGCCACUUGCCAGCCAAAACGUUACGCAAAUGGGUGUUGCAAUUUGUUGAGUACUCGCCAGUUGAUCAAUUGGUUUUGCUAUUUGAAUCAUUUGGUUAUAAAUAUGGUGUGCCGAUUGAUGCCGAUUUUGUUUUUGAUGCAAGGUUGCUCCCCAAUCCCUUUUAUGACAAAACUUUACGACCUUUAACAGGUUUGGAUCAGCCCGUCAAAGAUUUUUUGUUGAGUCAUCCUGAAACCGAAGAUUAUUUACACGAUAUUGUGAAUUUCCUCCAAAAAUGGUUGCCUAGUUUGCAAUCUGACCAACGCAGUUAUGUCACGGUUGCUAUUGGCUGUACAGGAGGGCAACAUCGUUCGGUUUUUUUAGUCCAUCAUUUACAACAAAUUUUUACAACAUCUCAUAGCACCUUGGUGCGUCAUCGCCAAGUUGAGCUUGGGCAAUUGACA